GGCCAUUUUAAUCAAAGCAGUGGUUAGUGGAAAGUAGAACUUUCACUUUUGUUUCUUCACAAGUCACUUCCUUGUUUUCCUGACUGAUUCUCUCUGCCUGCCUCUCCUCAGACUGACAAUGGCUGAAGCCCUGCUGUGUGGAUUGCAGGACGAGUUCACCUGCUCGGUGUGUCUGGACACCCUGACUGACCCCGUCACCAUCCCCUGUGGUCAUAAUUUCUGUCUGAUGUGCCUCACGGACUACUGGGAUCAGAGCCAAGAAUGCAGCUGUCCUCAGUGCAGAGAGAAGUUCACCACAAGGCCUGAGCUGAACAGAAACACUCUGCUGAAUGAAGUCAUCAAGAAAUUAAAGAAGACGGCACUCAGUUCUCCUCCUCCUCAGAAUUAUGCUGGCCCUGGAGACAUGGAGUGUGAUGUCUGUACUGGGAAGAAGUUCAGAGCAGUCAAGUCCUGUCUAACCUGCAUGGCCUCCUACUGUCAGACUCACCUGCAACCUCACUAUAAAGGAGACGCCCUGAAGCCCCAAAGCUGGUUAAUCCUGAUAGAAAUCUGAAGGAAAAACUCUGUGAGAAACAUCAGAAGAGCCUUGAAAUAUUCUGUAAAACUGAUGAUUUGUGUAUCUGCAUGAUGUGUGUGGUGACUGGUGUGGCAGUGAUGACCAUCACACCCUGGGUGACCCAGAACCUCUAAGAGAAAGCAGGGAGGAGGAAGUUUAUAUCACAUAUGAUUGAUUCUCUUUGACGAGGGAGCACUCAGAUUACAGGAUGCUGUAACAAGAUGCACACAACAUUUCUGCUAAUUCAGGUCUUUUAUACACAAGGAAAAGUUACAAAAUUCGAUUACUUCUUUCAUACAAAGUUUCUUAUCAUCAGUGGUGGCGUCCAGUUGGUAGCCGAGCACAGGGCAAAAGAAGCCUCAGCAGAUUAUAACUUAGCAUGCUCAGGAGAAACACACACAUUUGUCCUACAAACAGAUCACUGAUUGCCAGCAUAUCGCGUGUGUUUUUCCAUUUUAACUUCCUUCCUUUGUCAGCACAAACGUUGAUGGCAGCUUCUGUCCUCAUUCAGCAAACAAAAUGUGGUUUCCUGCCGACAGCCUAAGACAUUCUGCCUGCAUCCUGUCUCAUAUGACCCAGGCUACUUGGAAACGCCUUUACAUUACAGAGUACAUGUUGCUAAAUGUGUUUAAUUAUUUUAAGAAAUAAAAUUUAAAUGUCAUAACUAUUAAAAUUCUCACAAAACCACACUGGACAUAAAAAUCAUGAAAUGGUUGAGCUGGAGACAGAAAGAGAAGAAAACAAAGUGAGUGGGGCUUACUGUUUAAAGCAAACAACAUAAGUAACAGGAGUUAAGUGAUUUAUAAAUGUAAAGUUAAACACAAAAUCUGUUCUUCCAUCUCUUAUACCUGAUUUUAUAAGUUUAGAGAGUAGGGAGAUGGAGCCUGUCCUGGUGAGAUUGGGUGCGAGACGUGAAACAGCCCAGGAUGGGACACCCGGUAUAUCCAUGAGCAGUGGAGUGAGCUGAGAGUCCUCGUUACACUGAGCCGAGUUUCUCUGGGCUCUAAUCAGUUUCUUUAUUUUGAGUAUCUAAGGCAGUGGUGGGCAAACUACAGCCUGCAGACUAGAACUGUGCCCUGACUUGGGUGUGAGCUUCACUUCAGCUGUUUGUAGAAAUAUCUCACACUCUGACAUCUUAUUAAGAUGAAGCUACAGCUGGCUGGUGUAAGCGUAGUAAGUCACCAUACUGUGUCAUCAUUCAACACCCCGGGUUUGACCACAUGAAUGAGACAAUCGCCACACACAGCACAAGUGUCUUCAGCUGCCUGCUGGCCUUUGUCUUGUUUGUGUGUUUUUAAAG